UCCCGGCAGCACCAGAGUCGCCCAGCAGGUUUCCGCCGGCGCCUCCUCCUCCUCCUCCUCCUCGGAUGUUUGAAUUCCUCGCUCCAUUUUUUUUUCCUCAUCUUUGCGUAGCGCCCGCGAUUUGCCUGCCUGCCCUUUCUUAUCGCUCGUGUUUGCAUGGCAGGCUCCGGUAAAGGCUGCACCUGACACCGAAGUUGUAUCUGCGACGGCGCUACUCGUCAGAAGAAAAGAAAAGAAAAGAAAAGAAAAGAAAAGAAAAGAAACGAAACAAGUGCGGGGCCGCAGAGGAGGCGGACCGCGGGGAUGUAAUUCCAAGAACUGGUCUGUCGGGUCGGCGAUCUGCGCAGCACUCAAACAAACAAAACCUUCAGAGAAAAUGGAGACGAGAGCCUCGCGCAGGUGGCAGCGCCGAGACGGGCACAUCUAGGGGGGCGCCGUGCCCGCUGCCAGCCGAAAUGGCUUCUCCAGAGCUGUGACCCUCUGCUUCAGUCUCUUUUAAGGUAUCUGCUUGCAGCGUCGUCAUGGGCUCCUUCAGCGAAUUGCAGCUCCUCUUCACCAGUCUCAGACUGCCAUUUGCAGAUGAAACCAAAUAUGCAAUUCUGGCCUUUUCUGUCACUCUGUUUACCAUUGCAAUGGUCAUUCUGGCCUGGCAAAUCUACCGCCACUGUAAAGGGGGGCCGAGGCGCACAUCGACAGCUGAGGUCUUCAUGAACGUGGACUCCAAACCCGCCAGUGGCCUGUACUUUGAGACAGCUGACAAGCGGGGCUCCGAUGCUCGAGACGGCGAUUAUAAGGUGCAAAAGCUCCAAGAUGAAAUUGACAAGCUGAGCCGUUGCUUGUCCCCAGCACCUUCUUCUGGGGAUCAGGACAGCAUUGAUCUGGACAUUGCGACCGAUACAGAGACUGAGACCGAUGGUGAAGUGCUGGGUGCCCAGAAGACCAAGCUGAGAGGGUCUCUGCAGUACGACCACCAGGAGGCGCAGCUCACCAUCGCCGUUCUGGAGGCACAUGACCUCCCAGGCCACUGUACCGAGCCCUUCGUGAGGGUGAAGCUUCUCUCGGGCCCCGAUGACCAGCAGCCCAACGUUGUGCGAGUUGCCCAGCAGUGGGAGACCCGUCUGGUGAAGAACAGUCGGAACCCUCUGUAUGGUGAGCAGUUCUGCUGCCAAAUAAUGGAGAAGGAGCUCAGGAAGAGUGUGGUGAAGUUCGAGGUGAGGGACUUUGACAGAUACUCAAGGCACAGUAUUCUUGGAGAAGUUCGACUCUCACUGGACUCUUUGAAUGGAUUUGAUCCUGUGGAGUUUGUAGAGGUGCUCCAGAAGAGUAAAAAGGACGCAGUUGGAGAAACUCUGCUUUCUCUGAAAUUCCUGCCCACUUCCCAAAGACUUGAAAUAGGCCUUCUGAAGAUAAAAACGGCUCGUCGGGACACUGAUUCUAAAAAAGCUCUUUUUGCCAGAGUCUCCGUUGUCUACAAUCAAACUAAACUGAAACAUCAGAAGAGUCCUCUGAAGCUGAAGGAAGAUGUCACCGUUUUCAAUGAGGUCCUCACCUUCACUUUGCCUGAUCCGUACAUCAGGGAGUGCAUUAUCGGCGUGUCGGUGUACGAAAUUUGCUUCGAUAAGAAGAAGAACAAGCAUCUAAUUGGCCAUGUCAUUUUUGGGAAGAGAGCCAACAGUGAGGAUGACCACUGGCAACUGAUGAUGCAGUCUCUCCGCCAGCCGGUAGCCAGGUGGCACCCUCUUCUGAUUUAAUGUCAGCAUGCAUGUGUCAGAAAAAGAAAAGGAUGACAAAGAAGGACAAGUUUGUCUCAUCAGUCUUUACCUCCCAUACAGACGUGAAGUUGAGCUGCAGACCCUCAGACACACUCACCAUGAUGGCCUCACCAGGUUUAUAAAGCGCAUGCAGACAUUCAUUUAGGAGGCCUUAGCCCUGAUGAGUAAGGGCGGUCAUGGACAUCCCAGAAAUACAAAAAAAUGUCACAUCCCCUCUGCAGCCGGAAUUCUGAAGUUUGUGAUCCAUGAAGGAGAGCAGCAGUCCAGAAGCAGCUCUGGAGCUCAGACGUUGACCUGCUUGCUUUGGGGUGAUGAAUAGCAGGGGUUCAGACAUUAAAGACGAUGAAUGACACAGCGCAGGGACAUUUCACCUGCCAUGAUGGAACCCCAAGGGAUUUGAUUGUCUUUGAGUUAAAGUGACCUGAUUAUAUUUAACCAGAAUUAUGAAGAAAUCAGCCGGGACGAGGUAGCAAUCUGUCUUAGAAAAUGAAGGCUUAAUCAGAAAGGACCACAUAGGACUGGACCAAAGUUACUGGGUUUAUACUGUAUGUCCACCUAUAGUGCCUUUCAUACGCAUCUGUCCAUAUUGUGCCUUUCUGUUAUUAUAUAGUGUCUUUCUUAGCCGUCUGCCUGCCUUUUAUAAGGUGCCUUUAAUGUCAGUUUAUUUGAACUUUGCUCUGCUGAUUCCGCUUGCUUAGCCAGAAUUCCAGCAGUUACUUAGGGUGUCAGCAGGCCGGGCCGCCUGUGUAAUGCUGGGCUGGUGUUGUUGUGCGGUCAUCUUGUGUCCUUUCUGUUUUAUCAAGAGAUCUCUGAUCAACAAGUUGAAUUUUUAUUGUGAACCCCACAUAAAGGAACUUUACAAGUCCA